CUUUUAGUGCUUUCUUAUAAUUAAGCAGUAGAUAAAUAUAUAAAUACUCGUAUAGGUAAAUAUAAAUUUCAAGCAAUUUUGCUUAUUGUGCUAUUUUGCUUUAAGUAUAGCUAGAGUUGAAGCUUGACAGAAGCAGAAGCAGACGUUAUGAUAGUAUCUGCUUUGAUAUUUAUUUCAACCAUUAUUCCCUCAUUGUUGGGCAACGAAUACGACUUUGAACUUCUUUACCAAUGGAAGCAAAUAGAAUACAAAUUUAACAGUGAAGAAGAGCGUUCAGAAGCAAUACAAAAUGGCACUUUCGAUAUUGGAAAAAUCAUGCCUAUUGAUGCCCAAUACACAUUUAAUCAAUAUACUGACGAGGAGAGAAUUUUCAUAACAGCACCAAGAUUAACAACGGGCGUGCCAGCUACCAUUGGUGUGAUUAUAGAUGAAACUAGAGACGGUAAUCCGGUUAUUGAACCGUAUCCUUCUUGGUCUUGGCACGUAGAGCCAGAAAAAUGCAAAUAUCAUCGAAUAAUCUCAGUGUUUAGAAUAUGGUGGGAUGAAUGUGAUAGACUUUGGAUAUCAGACAUUGGAGUUAUAGGCGACGAUUUUAUAUGUCCACCACAAUUAUUGCUGUUUGAUUUAAAAACGGAUGAACUUCUUCACAAGUAUGAAAUCCCUUACGACCAGUACAACAAUAUAUCCUGGUUCAAUGCUCCAAUGGCGGAAGUUGAGUCCUAUAACAACGAAUGCGAAAAUGCUUGGCUGUAUAUAGCAGACCCUAACGAUUCUAAAUUGUUAGUGUAUAGUCUCAAACAAGACACAUCUUGGAGUAUACAAGAUAAAAGUUUCGAGGCGGAUCCAGAAUAUGUAAACUUUACUAUAGAUGGCGAUUUUUUCAGCUAUGCUGAUGGAAUAGUAAGUGUUGCACUCUCGCCUGCAUCAGACCGCCCAGAAGUUAAAAAACUCUAUUACCAUGCACUGUCAAAUAACAAAGAAUCGUGGGUUUAUGUUAAACAUCUCAAAAAUCGGGAAAAUUUUGAAGUUCCUUAUGGGGCGGCUGAACUUUUUCAUACCUACAAAGGUACAAGAGACCAACAAUCAGUAACAGAAGCCGUAGACCAGGAUGGAUAUCUUUAUUUUUCGCUCCUGAUUGAUGUCUUGUUAGUAAAAUGGGACACAAAUACUCCAUAUAGACAAGAAAAUUGGGAAAUUAUCAAUGAUGAUUAUGAAAGAAUGCAGUUCCCAAGUGGAUUGAAGGUAUUGCCUUAUAGGGGAAAUAAAAACCAUGAAGUUCUUUGGGUUUUUUCAGUUGCAUAUCAAAGAUAUGAAGCUGGAACCUUAUUUGGAAAUCGUACCAACUUUAGAUUAUUUGCCGUGGACUUAUAAAUUAACAAUAACAAUUAGCUUGUAUUUCAUGAAUUAUUUGUGUAUUUAUUUUUGUCUAAAUAAAUUUACUUAUUUGCGAAAUCUCACUAUGUUGUGUUGUGUGUGUAUGUUUCUAUAUU